AUUUAAGCAGCACAACUGUUUUAAUCAUUUGUCUUUUUCACUAAAUCAGCGUAUUAUGAAGUGAAGUGAAAGUGACAUUCAGCCAAGUAUGGUGACCCAUACUCAGAAUUUGUGCUCUGCAUUUAACCCAUCCGAAAUGCACACACACAGAGCAGUGAACACAAACACACACACUGUGAGCACACACCCGGAGCAGUGGGCAGCCAUUUAUGCUGCGGCGCCCGGGGAGCAGUUGGGGGUUCGAUGCCUUGCUCAAGGGCACCUAAGUCGUGGUAUUGAAGGUGGAGAGAGAGCUGUUCAUGCACUACCCCCACCCACAAUUCCGUCCGGCCCGAGACUAGAACCCACAACCCUUCGAUUGGGAGUCCAACCCUCUAACCAUUAGGCCACGACUUCCCCAUUAUAAUGAUUUCUGAAGGAUCAUUUGACACUAAAGACUGGAAUUUCAUAAUGAUGCUGGAAUUUCAGCUUUGCAUCACACACUCUAAAAAAUCCUUGGUUGUUUCAACCCAACUCUGGGUCAAAUAUGGACUAACCCAACUUUUGGGUUAAAAUUUGAAUGAAAAGAUUCUCUGUCUUGUUCUCUUAUUCUCUCUUCUCUUUUUUAUCUCUCAUACUCACUAUUUCUUACUGUCUAUCUCAUCCUGCUUUUCUCUCCUGCGGUUGAAUGGAUGCAUUUGUUCCCCUUUGCGAAUAUAACAUGGCUGUUUGUGUAUGGCUGUCAUGGAUUGAAGAUGGAGUCAUAAGACCAGGCCUGCAGACACACACACACACACACACACACACACUUUCUCAUGCAAGUCAUAUGAGUUGUACAGCUUAAUCAGAGAUAGUCAGAGUGAGUGAGAGAGGGGAAGAUUUGGAGAUGGAGGAUUUCCUGUGGAGAAUGCGGGUUUGGGCAUCUGUGAGCUGGAGGAGAUGUUGUUGGUGUUGUGGAGAUAAAUCAAAUGAAGUCAGAAGGGAAGACAAAGAGGAAAUGUUUGAGUUGAGAGUGGAAGAGAUAAAAGAAGCAAUGAAAAUGGAAGAAAAACCAUCAAAAACCUGGAGUGUGUCCUCCCUCCCAGUUGCUGAGCUGGGAGAGCUGGACGGGGAGGAGAAACCACAGCCGCACUGGUUUCACACGCUGCAGGUGCGACGGCUCCGAGUUCAGAGGGGCCGCAGUAACAGCGAUCCUAUGGGAGGAAAGAGCUUCCAGCAAGACUUCCAGUGGAAAACUGGCCUGCAGUUUGGGAAUGCAACAUCUUAUCUGAAUCUUGAAAAACUUGGAGAGGGCACAUAUGCCUCAGUGUACAAAGGAAUUAGCAGGAUAAAUGGUCAUCUUGUGGCUUUAAAGGUGAUUCACAUGAAAACUGAGGAAGGAAUUCCAUUCACAGCUAUUAGAGAAGCCUCCUUGUUAAAGGGCCUUAAACAUGCUAACAUAGUCUUGCUUCACGACAUCAUCCACACACGAGACUCUCUCACCUUUGUCUUUGAGUAUGUGCAAACAGAUUUGGCUCAAUACAUGAUUCAGCAUCCUGCCGGACUUAACUCGUACAACAUCAGGCUCUUCAUGUUUCAGCUGCUGCGAGGAUUGUCUUACAUUCACAGCAGAAGAAUUCUGCACCGAGACCUCAAACCUCAAAAUUUGCUCAUCAGUUAUUUGGGGGAACUCAAAUUAGCCGAUUUUGGUCUGGCCCGAUCUAAGUCCAUACCGUGCCAAACAUACUCUUCCCAGGUUGUGACUUUAUGGUACCGGCCGCCAGAUGUUCUCAUGGGCUCCACUGAUUACUCCACAGCCCUAGACAUCUGGGGAGCCGGCUGCAUUUUUAUUGAGAUGCUACAGGGGUCACCAGCGUUUCCUGGACUAGCUGACGUCUUUGAGCAGCUGCUGAAGAUUUGGGCAGUCCUUGGGGUCCCGACUGAGGAGGGCUGGCCAGGUGUCAGUGAUCUACCGAACUAUAAACCAGAGUGGUUCCUGCCCUGCAAGCCCAAGCAAUUUCGAGAUGUCUGGAAAAGACUCGCUCAGCUACCUUAUAAGACGGAGGAUCUGGCCCAGCAGAUGCUGAUGAUGAAUCCAAAGGACAGGAUUUCAGCCCAGGAUGCAUUGCUACAUCCAUAUUUCAACACACUUCCACCUCCGUUAAUGCAUCUAAGGGACACUGUGUCAGUCUUUAAGGUGCCGGGCGUGAGGUUAGAGACGGAAGCGAGGGAUAUCUUCAGCCCCAGCAGACGAAUGAAAUCGCCUCUUGCUCCGCUAGCCAAGUGCUGGUGAAAAUCUCUCCUUUGUAAAUAGUUGGUGUGCUUGUAAAACCAAAAACACACCAGCAUGAGUAAACGUGACACUGUUGCAGCAUGACGGUCAGUUUGUAUGUUGUUUAUUCAGAACAUAAUCACCUUUUUCAAAUAAUAUCAGAUUCUCUUUCAAAAGAUUCAUGUUUUUACAUUUUGGACCAGUAUUAACUAAAAAUGUUUUACAGUCGAUCUUGGUGAUCCAAGUCAAAGCUGAUUUCAUCAGGAUCCACUUCAUUUCAAACACAUUCUAUAUUUUGAGAUCAAUAUCCACCUUAUUUUUUAACUUAAGAAGGGUGCGGCAUUUUGAAACUUGAAUGUGCGAGGCUUCCAGUUUCAAUUUAGCUGUACAAAAAUAAUCCUUUAUGCUGCUUGAUAUUGCAAACUGGUAUUUGUUAUCAUAUUAUUUGAAUUCAUUAUUGUAAAGAUAAACUUACUAGUUUGCUUAACCAUUUACAGCUUUUUCUUAUUCGUCUAGUUAUUUACCUGGAGCAGUUAAUGAAUUGGAAGUCUUGCAUAUUCACAGAAAAUAGCUUACUUUUACGUAUUCCUGCCCCUUUUUGCAAACUGAUGUCCAGAGACUGUUUACACCACACUUUCAUUGAGAAUAAGUUUCAAUUAAAUGCACUUCAUUUUUAUACGUAAUUUAGUUUUUGUAUAUAUUGCACAGAAAAGAGAAUGAGUGUGCGAGAGAUGAUUUUGAAAUAUGAUAUGAAAAUAUGUGGAAGAAUAUUCCAAAGCUCUAUUGUGUAGUGUUCAGGUGAAAAAAAAAUGACUUGUAUGCAUUCAUAAAACACACCUGGAGAGAAUCUCACCCGAAAUUACCUGUUUUUGUACAGCACAUACUCAUAUUUCUCCUGUACGCUGAUGGCCACUGUCGGGACAUGUUCAGAACAGUUUUUUUUAGCUGUGUUUGUAUCAAGUUGAUAAUAAAUAGUUUUAGUAUCUUCACUUUUUUUUUUUUUACAUAUUUGCAAUGUAUGUAUAUGAUGCUGAGAUUCAAAUGAUUGCUGCUUCUCAGUCAACUUUUUAAAGUAGUGGUGUACUUCAAUGUUGGUCACCAGCAACAAGUGCCGGAGUAUAUCCACGCACUUCAACAUCAUGCAAUACUGUGAAAACUGCAUGUGUUCAUACAAUUGUAUACAAUUCCACUGUCUUGAUUUCUGAAUAAAUAUGGGAAAAAAUG